AUGACAGGCUAUACCAUGUUGCGGAAUGGGGGAGUGGGGAAUGGAGGCCAAACCUGGAUGCUGCGAUGGUCCAAUCGCAUCCGACUUACGUGGCUCAGCUUUACACUCUUCAUCAUUCUGGUUUUCUUCCCCCUUAUUGCUCACUACUAUCUGACUACAUUGGAUGAGGCAGACGAGGCAGGCAAACGAAUCUUUGGGCCACGAGCUGGCAAUGAGCUGUGUGAGGUGAAGCAUGUAUUAGACCUUUGUCGCAUCCGUGAGUCAGUCAGUGAAGAACUCUUGCAGCUCGAAGCCAAACGGCAGGAGCUGAACAGUGAAAUUGCCAAACUCAACCUGAAGAUUGAAGCCUGUAAAAAGAGUAUUGAGAAUGCCAAACAAGACCUACUUCAGCUCAAGAAUGUCAUCAGCCAGACUGAACAUUCCUACAAAGAGCUGAUGGCCCAAAAUCAGCCUAAACUCUCCUUGCCUAUCCGACUGUUGCCAGAAAAAGACGACAUAGGCCUGCCUCCCCCUAAACUUCUACAUAAUUGCAGGCUCCACAACUGCUUUGACUACUCUCGUUGUCCUCUCACUUCUGGCUUCCCAGUCUUUGUCUAUGAUAGUGACCAGUUGGCCUUUGGCAGCUAUCUGGACCCCCUGGUCAAGCAGGCUUUUCAGGCCACAGCACGCACCAAUGUCUACGUCACAGAGAAUGCAGACAUUGCCUGCCUUUAUGUGAUUCUGGUGGGAGAACUGCAGGAGCCCCUGGGACUGCGGCCUGCUGAGCUGGAGCAACAGUUGUACUCUCUGCCCCAUUGGCGGAGAGACGGGCACAACCACCUCCUCAUCAACCUGUCAUGGAAAUCAAAUACUCAGAAUUUACUGUAUAAUGUCAGUACGAGUCGAGCCAUGGUAGCCCAGUCCACCUUUUAUGCCGCUCAGUACCGACCUGGCUUUGAUAUAGUCAUAUCCCCACUAGUCCAUGCCAUGUCCGAGCCUAACUUCCUGGAGAUCCCUCCACAGGUUCCAGUCAAGCGGAAGUAUCUCUUCAGCUUCCAAGGUGAGAAAAUUGAGUCUCUGCGGUCCAGUCUUCAGGAGGCACGCUCCUUCGAAGAGGAGAUGGAAGGGGACCCUCCGGCUGACUACGAUGACCGUAUCAUUGCCACCCUGAAGGCAGUGCAGGACAGCAAGCUAGAUCAGGUGCUGGCAGAGUUUACCUGCAAGAACCAACCUAAACCUAGCCUGCCUACUGAGUGGGCACUGUGUGGGGAGAGGGAAGACCGCCUCGAGUUACUGAAACUUUCCACCUUCGCUCUGAUUAUCACGCCCGGUGACCCGCACCUGGUGAUCUCUGCCGGAUGUGCCACGCGGCUCUUUGAGGCAUUAGAGGUAGGAGCGAUUCCGGUAGUGCUGGGGGAGCAGGUGCAGCUUCCCUACCAGGAUAUGUUACGGUGGAAUGAGGCUGCCCUGGUGGUGCCCAAGCCACGGGUCACAGAGGUCCACUUUCUGCUGCGCAGCCUCUCGGACAGUGACCUGCUGGCCAUGAGGCGACAAGGGCGCUUUGUUUGGGAAACUUACUUCUCCACAGCUGACAGUAUCUUCAACACAGUUCUGGCUGUGGUUAGGACUCACAUCCAGAUCCCAGCUGCUCCCAUCCAUGAAGAGGCAGCGGUUGAGAUUCCCCAUCGCUCAGGCAAAGCAGCAGGCACUGACCCCAACAUGGCAGACAAUGGGGAUCUGGACCUGGGGCCAGUGGAAACAGAACCGCCCUAUGCCUCUCCUAAAUACCUCCGCAACUUUACAUUGACUGCCACUGAUCUUUAUCGCAACUGGAACUCGGCCCCAGGACCUUUUCAUCUUUUCCCACACACACCUUUUGACCCUGUUUUGCCUUCAGAGGCCAAAUUUCUUGGUUCUGGCACUGGAUUCAGACCCAUUGGUGGAGGAGCAGGAGGUUCUGGCAAGGAGUUCCAGGCAGCACUUGGAGGCAAUGUUCCAAGAGAGCAGUUCACAGUGGUGAUGUUGACUUAUGAACGAGAGGAAGUGCUCAUGAACUCCUUAGAGAGGUUGAAUGGCCUCCCUUAUCUGAAUAAAGUGGUGGUUGUGUGGAACUCCCCAAAGCUUCCAUCAGAGGACCUCCUGUGGCCUGACAUUGGCGUCCCCAUUAUGGUGGUCCGCACUGAGAAGAACAGCUUGAACAAUCGCUUCUUACCCUGGAAUGAAAUUGAGACUGAGGCCAUCCUGUCUAUUGAUGAUGAUGCUCACCUCCGCCACGAUGAGAUCAUGUUUGGGUUUCGGGUAUGGAGAGAAGCUCGAGAUCGCAUUGUGGGUUUUCCUGGGCGAUACCAUGCUUGGGAUGUCCAGCAUCAGUCUUGGCUCUAUAACUCCAACUACUCCUGUGAGCUAUCCAUGGUGCUGACAGGUGCUGCCUUCUUUCACAAGUAUUAUGCCUACCUGUAUUCCUAUGUGAUGCCUCAGGCCAUCCGGGACAUGGUGGAUGAAUACAUCAACUGUGAGGAUAUUGCCAUGAACUUCCUUGUCUCCCAUAUCACUCGGAAACCCCCCAUCAAGGUGACGUCCCGGUGGACAUUCCGAUGCCCAGGCUGCCCUCAGGCCUUGUCCCACGAUGACUCGCAUUUCCACGAGCGGCACAAGUGUAUCAACUUCUUUGUCAAGGUGUACGGCUACAUGCCCCUGCUGUACACACAGUUUAGGGUGGACUCCGUCCUCUUCAAGACCCGCCUGCCCCAUGACAAGACCAAGUGCUUCAAGUUCAUUUAGAGGCAGCUCGGGGUUUGGCGGUCAGAUUGUGUGGAGCACAGGAGACGGCACUUGUAGGCCAGAAGGGUAGGAAGCCUUGUGGACAUCCACCAGCGGGGUGGUCCAGGCUGGCUACCGCCGAGGAAGGGGGCCAGCGAGAGCGGGAGGGGACAUCUGCCUUCGGUCCUGAUGCCAGCCCUGCCCAGGCACAAGCAAAUUCUGGGUUGCUCCAGCUCGAGCUUUGGUCAGGAGAUGCCAGAGCUCUGCCCACAAGCUUCUCGAUAGCUUACACUGAGGACCACGGGGACUCGGGAGAGUCGCUCACUGAGUACAUUAGCCCAGGACAACUGGUUUGUGGUUUUUAUUAUAAUAAUAAUAAUAGCUAUUAUUAUUAUUUAAAAA